UUGACAUUUAAUUUGUAGGUUAUGUACGUCAAAAUGUAACUCGGUUUUAUCGAUUUUUAACUAAAUAACAACUAGUACUUAGAAAAAUGGUAAAUAAUACGUAUCCGGAAGCAUUACCCGAAUCUAAUGGCACAAAUUUCUAAAUACCUUCUAUUUACAUUCGAAAUUUUAAACGAAAUGUACGCAGCUUUGGGUACGGGAGCCGUAGGGCUGAUGUGCCUCAUAAAAUUCGGUUUUCAAAAGUCCGCUCUACUCAAGACGGCCGCCGUUUGUGCAGCGACUGCCGCGAGUUUCAUUUACAUCGCUCCGGAGAGUAAAAAAAUCAAACCGAAUAAGAAAAAGGUGGUUUGCAUAACCGGUUGCGAUUCCGGAUUGGGAUUCUCCUUGGCCCAGCACUCGGUAGACUUGGGCUUCACCGUAAUCGCAGGUUUCUUAAGCCUCGACUCCAAAGGAUGUAAAGAACUCAGAAAAAGCUACGGGAAUAAUAUCAUUCAAAUACAAUUGGAUAUUACCGAUAGCGUUAGCGUAAAUGCAGCCUUGAAGACUUUGCAACACUUUUUAGGAAGGAAUGAAGGAUAUACUCUUCAUGCUAUUGUAAACAACGCUGGAGUAAUGGUAUUUGGAGAAUUUGAAUGGUUAACUGAGAAUCUUAUACAGCAACAAGUAAAUGUGAAUCUCUUAGGCACUUUGAAAUUUACCAACGCAAUGUGUCCUCUUUUAAGACAAUACGGAGGUAGAAUUAUAACGAUAACCAGCCACUGUUCCCAGGUAACCCUGCCUAGUUUGGCGGUGUAUGGAGCCACGAAGGCGGCUCUGGCUGCUUUUAGUGACGGUUUGAGAGUGGAAAUGGCCAAAUAUGGCGUAAAUGUGAUCACAUUUAUACCUGGUUCUUUUUGCUUACAAAGCAACAUCAUGGCCAGGCAACUCCAAAACGUGCAGGAGAUGCACGAUAAUUUCACGCAAGAGCAACACUCGUUUUACAGCGAUUAUUUCAAAAGAUUCAACAUUUACUUGUCGUUUAUCACGCCGCCCCCGAUGCCCGUCAAAAUCCAAGACGAAAAAAUGUAUAAAAUCUACGAAGAAACUUUGUUAGACGAAACCCCCAAAGUUGUGUACAAAAACGAGGAUAUUAGAUACUUAAUAUACCAUACUUUGUUUAAAAUCAGCCCUUGGUUUGUAAGAGAUUACUUAGUAGUUAAGUUUAUGUCUAUGCCUAGUUAUACACCCUCGAAAAGCUUAAAAACAAGCUUGCUGGAAUAUGCAGAAGAUGCAGAUUUGUGAUGUGGACUUUGUAAAUAUAACGCGUAAAUUUUA